CUUUAUAAAGCAUAACAAUAAGCCACAAGAUGUCUGAUAAUGAAACAGAUAAGAGCCCUAUUUCAACAAAGAGAGCAAGAGAAUCAAGUAUGGAGGAAGAUGUAGAGGAACGUGCUUCAAAAAUAGAUCCCAAAGAUCAAGUCAAGAUAAUUACUCAAUUACAACAAGAGCAUCUAUCAGAAGGGCAGACAUGGUACCUUGUAUCCAAGAAUUGGUUUACACGUUGGAGACAAUACUGUUCUCGUCUGAGCAGCCCUCAACAUGACGCAAGAAAAAUCGGAGAGCAAACUAACCCAGGGCCGAUCAACAACCAAUCGAUAUUGCAGGCCAACGGAAAGCUUGUGGAAGGUUUAAAGCUAAAUGAUACUGUAUUUGCAGUACCUGAAGAAGCUUGGAAAGAUUUGAUGGAAUGGUAUGGAUCAGUCACAGAGCCUAUCGAACGUUUAAUGAUAAAGGGAACUGACGGGGAGCUUACAGUUGAACUGUAUCCACCCCAUUUCAAGCUCUUUGUAGUCACUGAUUCGACUAGUACUCAACUUACUCGGUGCCCUCAAUUCACUUUGUCAGAGGUAUCGACUGUAAAUGAUUUAGUGUCAACUAUAAAAGAAUCUCUUGAUUUAUCACAAGACGCUGAAUUACAAGUAUGGACAUUAGAGGAUGAACCGACGACACCCAUCAUCUCUUCAAAUAUCCUCCAAAACGCUUCCCAGAUCGAUAUAGAAAAUGGAUCAGCUAGUUUGGGCCGAUCCGGUCAAUGUAAUAUAGCAGUCGCUAUCAAGGGUGAUGCUCGAUUUCCUUCUGAUGUCAAACAGUCAGACACGUCCUCUGUCUCAUCAGCUUCGAGCAUAUUCGCCAAUGGAUUCAAUAACUUGACAACCACAUCAAGCGCAAGUACGCCCACAUCUAGUCCCUAUUCAAAGUUUACUCGAGGUGUUUGUGGAUUACAAAAUUUGGGAAACACUUGUUUUAUGAACUCGGCGCUUCAGUGUCUCAGCAAUACGCCUGAACUGACAAAAUGGUUCCUAGCUGAUAAUUACAAGAACGAGUUGAACAGAGACAAUCCCUUAGGAAUGAAGGGCCAAGUGGCAGAAGCUUACGGAGAAUUAAUUGAAAAGCUCUGGAGUGGGCAUUCUCACAGCUUUGCACCACGAGACUUCAAGUAUACCAUUGGCAAGUUCAAUUCAUCGUUUUAUGGUUACCAGCAGCACGAUACACAAGAGCUGUUGGCUUUCUUGCUCGAUGGCCUUCAUGAAGAUUUGAAUCGAAUCAUAAAGAAACCUUAUAUGGAACUGCCUGAUUUUGAUGGCAUGAAAGAUGAAGAGAUUGCUAAAAAAAGUUGGGAUUAUCAUCGUGCUAGAAAUGAUUCGGUUAUUGUGGACCUUUUCCAGGGCCAAUUCAAGAGUAGGUUGGUCUGUGCCGAAUGUAAAAACGUUUCUGUCACAUUUGAUCCAUUCAUGUAUCUGUCCUUACCUUUGCCCAUAAAGAAAAAGAGCAAGACAACAAUAGUAUAUGUUCCUUAUGAUCCAAUGAAGAGAAUGCAGCGUGUAGUCGUGACAUUGAGCAAGGAUGCAAGUAUUGCUCAUCUUCAAAGAGAAAUAGCACGAAUGAUGUCGGUUGAAGAUCCAUCAACUCUUUUGGUGGUCGAACUCUUUUCGCACAAGAUUUACAAAGUAUUUCCUCAAUAUGAGCCCGUAGCUACCAUUGGCAGCUCUGAUACUAUUUACGUUUAUCAACUUCCUGGGCCAGUACCGCCUACACCCAAGAGAAAGGUAAAGUCUUACCGAUUUGGGAAAGAUGAUGACGAUGAUAAUGAAGACAGCACAUCAGAGCAUGAUGGCCAAUUGAUCGUUUUCCCUGUAUAUUGUGCAACAGUCGACAAAAGUGAACAAGCAACAUACACCUCGCCUCAGCAAUUCGGCGAUCCUUUUGUGAUUGGUAUUCCUCGUAAAUACUGCACAAACGUUGAUUCCUUGUACCGUUUGCUAUCACAGCAUGUAGAGCGAUACACUCACUUUAAAUUAUUUGAAGAAGUCAAUGGUGAUGCUGAAAUGGAGGACGAACCACCUAAAUACGAAGCUGUUGUGACUAAUGGUCAUCAGCAAGACAUGGACAUUGAUGAGCAGCAACAACAACAACCCAUCCAUACUGCUGCUGCCGUGACAGCAGCUGGUGGUAAAAAGACAGAGCCUAUGUCGAAUUUGUUCACCAUAAAAGUGUUUUCUGGCGGACAUACCUAUGGCAGACAUACAGAAGACUUACUACCUUGCACACACGGCUUGACGCCAUGGACGGAUUUACGCGAAAGGGCAGAGGAUGAGCAAAGGCAACGAGAGGAGUAUGAAAGGCAACAAAUCCAACCAGACGUCAAUGGCAACGAUAUAGAAGGACUGCCAGAGACAGAGAAUGAUGAUACUGAAAUGGAAGACUCCAUUGUUAUGUCCAGUUCCAUGCAGGACGAAGAAGAAGUGGAAAAUGCUGCCGUUAACUUUUACCAAAAUGAUACUAUCACUACCACUUAUUCCCCCAUCAUAAACCCUGCUACUGACAAUGACACAGAAUCUAUUCUUUCCAAUGAAAACAACGUGGGUAGCAAACCUGAAUCACCUGUUCUUGAUUCCUUUACAACACCACCUCAGCUUCCCAAUUCCUACGACACUAUGCGUCACAAGCCAACGAUCCCAGUGAAGCGCAAGUUGACAUGUCCACCAAGCACCGUUAUCCGACAAGGAGAAGGUAUCGUUCUUGAAUGGACCCCAAAGAGAGCACAGCAGCUCUUUGGCGAGUCACAGUUUAGUAGCUCUAAUGGCGUUUCUGGAAGUGGCUGGGAAGAUAUUGAGGAGCUCGGUGAUCCUGAGGAAGCAAAGAUGGGACCAACAGAUGCCAAGAAUAAGCAGCAAAUUACUCUUGCGGAUUGCCUUGAUGAAUUCACAAAGGAAGAAGAGUUGGGCGAAGAAGAUCUAUGGUACUGCCCUAAAUGUAAAAAGCACCAAAUGGCCACCAAAAAGUUUGAUCUCUGGCGUAUGCCUGAUGUUAUGGUAGUUCAUCUCAAACGAUUCAGUCACUCACGUACUUGGAGAGAUAAAAUCGAUGCGUUCAUCGAUUUCCCUGUCGAGUCAUUGGACCUGACAGAUCGUGUGCUAAGUAUAGACAAUAAGGAAGCUUUGAAAGAAGAGGAUAGAUUGAUUUAUGACCUCUAUGCGGUUGAUAACCAUUAUGGUGGAUUAGGCGGUGGACACUAUACUGCCUAUGCACAAAAUUUUGAAGACAAGAAUUGGUAUCACUUUGAUGAUUCUCAUGUUUCUAAAGUGAAUGUAUCUGAUAUCAAGACUUCUGCUGCUUAUUUACUAUUUUAUAAACGAAGAAAGCCUCAAAACCAAGUGAAUGAAAAAUGUGUGGAGGAUAUCAUUCAAGAGACCAAAGAAAAGCAGCAGGCUGCUGAAAAACAAAACGAGACGGAUAAUAUGAUGUCUGAUGAUCAAAUCUUGUCUGCUAAAGAAGAGGAUCAGGACCAAACGUCAGAGACAAAUACGAUAACCAAUCGUGAUGAACUUAGACGGAGUAAUGAUGAUGAUGAUAUUGUUACAGAUUAAAUAAUAAAAAUGUACACUGAUUGUCUCUCUUUUUUAUUAAUGACACACUAUAUUUAAGCAGUUUGCUUCUUGGCAGCGGCAAGGGUGGAGGCAAGGGCAAAGCGACGUUGGUUCUUGUAUUUUAACAACUUGAAACGAUCGAAAUCGGACAAGGAAGCACGAACGUUACGUUGUUCGAUCUUCUUGGCCCAA